AUGGCAAAAAACGUUGCAGUUAUCAGUGUUUGUUCUGUGUUCCUGGUGGCCAUGGUGGUGGCGGUCGCCGUUGGUGUUAACCGAAGCCGCAGUGGAAAUCCUAAUGGCGGCGGUGCUCCUCCUACUGGUGAGAUAUCUACUUCUACCAAGGCUAUAAAAUCCAUUUGCCAACCCACUGAUUACAAGGAAUCAUGUGAAAGAAGCCUCUCAAAUGCUAACACCACUGAUCCCAAGGAGCUUAUAAGGGUUGGUUUCCAAGCUGCUAUAAGCGAAAUUGAGAAGGUAAUCGCCAACUCAUCCACCGUGAAAGAGGUAGCUAAGGACCCAAUGGCUCGUCAGGCUCUUGAGAAUUGCAAUGAGCUCAUGGACUAUGCCAUUGAUGAUCUUAAGAACUCUUUCAAUCAACUGGGGGCAUUUGACAUGAGCAAACUCGAUGAAUACGUUGAAAACCUUAAGAUUUGGCUCGGUGGUGCCAUCACAUACCAACAAACUUGCUUGGACGGAUUCAUGAACACAACCGGUGAAGCUGAAACAAGGAUGAAGGAACUUUUGAACACUUCUCGGGAGCUUACCAGUAAUAGUUUAGCUAUGGUUUCUGAGAUAUCUACAAUACUUAACAAGCUCAACAUUCCAAACGUGGGCCAAAUUGACACCACUGGCGCCGAACGCCGGCUCUUGUCUGAGGAUGGAUUCCCUUCAUGGGUCAGCUCAGGGCAGCGCACUCUCCUUCAGCUCACUCCAGCUACCAUUAAGCCUAAUGUUAUUGUUGCUAAAGAUGGCAGUGGUAAAUAUUCCAGCAUCAACGAGGCAUUGAAUGAAGUUCCUAAGAAGAAUCCCACCACAUUUGUUAUUUACAUUAAGGCUGGAGUUUACACCGAGCAAGUGAUCGUCACCAAAAGCAUGAACAAUGUUAUGUUCAUUGGAGAUGGCCCAACCAAGACCGUCAUCACCGGUCGCUUGAACUAUGUUGAUGGAACUGGCACAUUCAAGACUGCAACAGUUGGUGUUGUCGGUGAAGGAUUCAUGGCCAAGGACAUUGGAUUCGAGAACACUGCUGGAGCCAUCAAGCACCAAGCUGUUGCACUUCGUAUCCAAAGUGAUCGAUCCAUCUUCUACAACUGCCAGAUGGAUGGCUACCAAGACACCCUCUACGCCCACAGCCAUCGCCAAUACUACAGGGACUGUACCAUCUCUGGAACCAUUGAUUUCAUAUUCGGUGAUGCUGCUUCCGUCUUUCAAAACUGCAAAAUCAUCGUCAGGAAACCAUUGGCAAAUCAACAAUGCAUCGUCACAGCUCAAGGAAGGAUCGAACGUCGUGAGGUUUCUGCCAUUGUUCUCCAUAACUGCACAAUCUCUGGAGCCCCAGACUAUAUUCCAGUGAAGGAUACGAACAAGGCAUACCUUGGCCGCCCAUGGAAGGAAUUCUCCAGGACCAUCGUCAUGCAAUCUCAGCUUGAUGACAUCAUUGCCCCAGAGGGAUGGUUGCCCUGGAACGGUAACUUCGCUCUUGACACUCUAUGGUAUGCUGAGUUUGGCAACAGGGGACCUGGUGCAGUUCAGACCAACAGGGUUAAAUGGAACGGUAUCCAGAAAAUCGAUGGAGCUCAAGCCCAACAAUUCACAGUUGGCGAGUUCUUACGUGGUGGCGACUGGAUCCCAAGCUCUGGGGUGCCCUUCACUUCUGGCAUGAUUCCUGGACUGUAG